GCAGCGACGAGCUUACGUUGGGCCGAAGCGAGUGGCAUGCUCGGGCACGGUGUGCAACCACUCAGUCCACAGCUCGGCCGCGACACACGUCACUCGUAUUACGGGAUGCUCUGUCUGUAAACCGCGAUACGCGAAAACUGACGCCCGCCCAACGUGCUUAGACACCAAAAUAUUUUUAAAAACAAUAAUACAUAAUUAAAAACAUUUACGAAACGUUCUACUUAUUGGAAAUAAUAUUUGUUUUGUUUAUAAUUUGUAAAGUUCGUUUAAAAUUUGAGACAUUGUGAUUAAAAGAAAAAUUAAGUGUUGAAUAAAUUUAACAUGUUCGAAAAAUUCAUAACUUGGCCGUAAUUACUGGAUGCUGAAUCUCAGGAAGAUAAGAAGCGGAAUAUAUUAACCACCACAGUCAAAUCAUAAAAAGUGGGUGUGCGACAAACGCAGCAAUGCGACGCGACGCGAUGCGAUUUGACGUGGCCCGAAGUGCCGAUGGAGCGGGGCUCCAUCGGGCAUCCGAGGAGGACGUCGUGCGGCUAAAUCCUUGCCUGCAGACCAACUUCGAAAUGAACGAUCUCCCCCCCUCGGCGUACCCGACUGACACGCGCAGAAUGCAGCUGUAUUCUCACGCACACAUACAUCCUACGGAGCUGUCGAUCCAUGCAGUCUCUACGCACGAACUUCUGAAGCCGAAAGAUGAGCCGUCUUAUUCACUGGCACCGUCGGCAAAUCUGUGCACAGGAGGCAUGCAGCAUACAGUUUCGUCGGCUUACGACACCCGGACCUGUAUCCAAGAGAACAAUGGCGUUAACGCGAGCUCCCAGAGUGUGAAACCUGACGAGGAACUAUCGCGAGUGUACCAAACACUCACAAUGCCAGGACUUUCCCGGGACGAUACUGCUAACUCCAACAGCAGCGACUCGAAAAUUAAAUCAAAGCCCACGACGCCGUCAAGCCCCGGAGGAAGCUCUUCGGAAAUAAAACCACAGUCGACAACACCAACGUCGCAAGCAUUGACAAAGCCACCCUUUUCAUACGUGGCCUUAAUAACAAUGGCCAUAGAAAACAGCCAAUCUAAACGGGCGACGCUUAGUGAGAUUUAUGCGUACAUAACUAAAGAAUUCCCGUUUUUCGAAAAGAAUAAGAAGGGUUGGCAGAAUUCUAUAAGGCACAACUUAAGUCUUAACGAAUGCUUCAUUAAGGUGCCACGAGAAGGUGGUGGGGAAAGGAAGGGGAAUUAUUGGACUCUUGAUCCGCAAUGCAGGGGAAUGUUCGAGGGUGGCAACUACAAGCGGCGUCGCAGGAUGAAGCGACCUUUCCGGGCUACGCCGUACACGAAAACGUUGUUCGGCGACGGCUACCACGUGACUCACGUUGCUCAGCAUGCCCAUAUGCAGUCUCUGCCGCUGAGCGCCAGGAAUUACUUCGGUUCAAGUUCGCCGUAUCCACCAUCCUACCCGAGAUAUGACACGACUUGGCUGACCCAGCCGCCAGGAGGUUUGAACUACGCGAGCGCGUGCGGUGGCAUGGGCAGGAGUCCUCCAAGCUCCACUCAUACAUCUUUGCCUCACCAGCCGUCACCCGUCUCCGUCAAUCCGUUCGCCUCGCAUCAACUACAGGGCCAGCUUCAAAGCCCUCUGCAGCCGAUGCAGUCUAUGUCUAUGAACACUUACAACCAAAUAGGAGUCGGCCUGGACGGUUCCCCGAGUCCAGGACCAGGAUAUGGACCACCGGGUGCAUUUUCACCAACACGACACCACGACAUUGUGACAUCAUCCGACGGUGCCGCUGCGAGAUUCUCAUUCUGGCCUGAAGGGGGACUAAGUUGGCAACAACCUGGUUGCGAGAUACCCGACGACGUGCCGAGAGAGCCCGAAGAAGACGCGGGCUCACCCAGUCCCAACGCUGGUUAUGUGCCAUCAAGCAGUUACUCUCCAACCCGCCGUCACGAAGCAGUCACGUCCUCGGAGGCCGCAGGACGAUUCGCGUUCUGGCCGGAUGGUAAUAACCUAAAUUUUAACGUUGGUGUAAAAGAAGAAUCAUCGUCAAGCCUCAUGUCCAACGGGGCACCAUAUUCGAAAUGUUUUAUGUAAAUUUUAAAAACAUAGGGGAGCACAAGACUAUCCAUUGUAAUCUGCACUCGUGUGAAAUGUAAGACGAUAGAAUGGAACUUACAAUAAGAAAAUUACACUCGUUGUUAGUCAUUUAUGUAAAAAAAAAAUAAUUAAGGUAAGUAUGCAUUUUUAGGUAUUUCACCUCCUUAAAUGCAUACUUUGUAUUACAAAAUACAGAUUUUACUAUUAAUUUCAUGAAAAAAAUUCUAAGGUCUUUUUCUGCGAUCGAAAACAAAAAAAAAUGUAAAUUUAGGAGAAAAAUUUGGUACUUAACUUUUGUAAAAAUAUACUUAUAUCGUCGCCAGCCUAAGGUACUUUUGAACGUUUGCCUCCACCAAUGAUCUCCACAAUGCCCAGUCUAUGCCGCCCUUAGCCAGCAAACUCCCGUUAAACCGGAAUCUGUAUGUAGCCGCUAUACCAAAACUUUCUUUGAAAUUUAAACUAAAAAAAUAAUCUUCUGGCAAGAAAAUCGUUACAUUUAAUUUUUCAAUUUCUUAUUUAGCUUUAGAUAUAUGUAAUAAAAUUUUGUAUUUUGUAAUAAUUAGUAGUACCUAAGUUUUCGUAAAUUUCUCAGGACUAGUUUAUAGUUUUUAUUUGCCAUGUAUGCGAUCUCAACUUGUUUUAGUAAAACUGGCAAGUUGUUGAAAAGUAAAAUUUCCAUUUAUCAAAAUUAUGAAAAUAAUAUUGAAAGGCAUCAAUUUCUUUUCAGUUUAAAUAA